AACGCAACACUAAAACGUGAUAAAGAAAUUUCCACCCAUCUUUUUUGGCGCUAGUAGAAAUGGAAGGCUCACACUGGCACGCAAAGGCGGAAAUUCAACCGUUAAAUAACAGUCGCCCACCAAUCACACAAGGAAUGUGAAAUAUCUCACUCUCUCUCUUUCCCAUUCCACCUAAAUCGCUUGAUUUUUGCAAUAUCUGCGCCCUCAUGGACUCGAUUCCGCUCGCUGCCGGUCUCCACGCCGUCGUUCCACGUCCGGAUGUAGUCUCAACCGUUCAUGGCCACAGUUUACCCUGCGCCCUAGCGCACUGCAGCAGCUCCUUCCGCGCGCCCGCCUCUGCAAGUAGUUCCGCCCGGCGGAGUCAGUUUUCAAAGUUUCGGCGGCUGGAUGCUUUUUCAUUCGCCUCCAACGGUUCCACCAGUUCCGUUCCCACUCGAGAAGGGGUCUAUACCGUUGGUGAUUUUAUGACAGGGAAAGAGCAUUUGCAUGCGGUGAAACCUACAACUACUAUUGAUGAAGCUCUGGAUAUCCUUGUUGAGAAACGAAUCACUGGAUUUCCUGUGAUUGAUGAUGACUGGAAGUUGGUUGGUGUUGUUUCUGACUAUGAUCUAUUGGCAUUGGACUCCAUCUCAGGUGGUGGACAACAGGAAAUACCUAUAUUCCCGGAUGUUGAUAGCUCCUGGAAAACAUUCAAUGAAAUCCAGAAGUUACUCAGUAAAACUAAUGGGAAGGUUAUCAGUGACGUUAUGACCCUUGCUCCCCUUGUCGUCCGUGAAAAUACCAAUCUUGAGGAUGCUGUGAGGAUAUUGCUUGUAACAAAAUUCCGGCGGCUACCGGUUGUUGAUGGUGAAGGAAGGCUGGUUGGGAUUAUUACGAGGGGCAACAUUGUGAGAGCUGCUCUUCAGAUAAAGCAAGCUGGUGAUGAAUUGUGAUUGUUGUCCAAAUUAGUGACCUUAAGGUUAUACUGGAUACAUGAUUCUCCAGUUAUUCUGUUGCCGAUGCCACUACAUCAAUUUGUGGAAUAUCGACACACUGCAACCUUCUACUGAUAUUUGGCAGUCACGACUGCGUAGGUAAGCGAGAAGGUGUCAAUUAUAUUGACAAGCACUCCAUUCUGAUGAAACAUCUUCAUAUAAGUUGUAGUUAUGUUUGUAUUUUUCGGCAUUCGUUAGAUUACAGAACUGUAGUUAUGAUUAAAGGUGGACAUGGAUAAUGUGAUUUAUCUCUCAUGGCCCCUAAUGCCUUACGCCAUGAACAAAUAUGUGAUAUAUCUAAGAUUUAUAGUCAUUUCGAUGAA